AUGGUUACCAUUCCUCAAUGUCAUCCUAUUUUGAAGGACAAUUCAGCUACCUUCAGUUUCCCUCACAGAUUAAAUCUCCCUCCACAAUCCCACAUCACCAACCUCCAAAAAACACAAACAAUGAAACCCAACAACAAAAUCCAAAUCCCCUUCAUCACCCACUCGCUCUUCUCCAUAAUCCUUGUUUGUUUUGCACUAGGAAAAUGCACGGCCCACGAUACCAAAAACGCAUUGUUACCAAACGAAGCCUUUCCCCCACAAUUCUCAGACUCAGAGCUUCCAUUCCCCUUCCCUCCUUCAGAAACACCCAAUAGCAACCCAACAUCAGAGGAAGGCUUCGCUCAUUCACCUUCCUCCUUCUCUUCUGCUUUCUCAGACAUCCUCAAAGGAACAGUACUACGUGGCAACUCCCUCGUAAUGCCCGAACAAGUCAACUCCGAAGAAUCCCAAACCAAAACCAAAAUGAUCAAAUACCAAGCGGUGAAACAGAUAUGUUCCCACACGGACUACCCUGACGUGUGUCUUUCCACCAUCACACCCUUUUUGAACGACCAUUUCGACGUCAUGAACGUUCUAGAAGCUUCCAUAAAGGCUUGCGGUCACCAGAUAAGGUUCACCAUAAGCAAGGUGAAGAAGUACUUUGGUAGCUCACCCGAGCUGGAUUCUUUGCUCACUGAUUGCAGGAAUCAGUACUCUGACGCCAUGGAAAACCUUCAGAGAGCCAUGGAUGCCAUUCCGUCACGUGAUCUUGGCACCGUUACCGUCAUGCUUAGCGCUGUUAUGGCAGAUGUUUCCACGUGCGAGAGUGGGUUUGAGGAUCUCAAAUCCACCUCACCAGUUGCUAAUUCCGAAGGUUUAGUCACCAUUACCGCUAGUAAUUGCCUUGCUAUUGCUUCUUUGAUUCCUUAUUAG